CUUCACGACUAAUCCCAUCAGAAUCGUUGAUUAUAUGCAAGGCCCUCAUAGCCUUCCUGGAAGCCCUGCUACACUAAUCUUGCAUGGAAAACUCGAAUGUGAUACUGUUAUGGGUGUUGGCCCAGGAUGGACCAGCCUGAGCUGGGUACUGUAGCACAGCCUAUACCGCCCUUGCUAAAGAAGGAAUAAGGAUUAAGAAAGAGAUAGGUGACGUACCAAGAAGAAGAAAGAAAGAAAAUAAAGAAAGAACAAACAAUACAAUUCCCCGAAAUACUCUAAUCUCUCUCCAAGCCAAUUUUACCCAGCUAUCUUCCUGGAAAUGGUUAUCCCACAAUGACCCAAGGAUCAUAACAGAUACACACGUAUACAAAUUUAUUCUGAUUUAGUUUAAUUUAUAAUUAUAAUCAACCAAGCUACAAAGAAAAUAUUUCUAUGACAGCUUUCUAUAUCUUCACGUUCCAAGGCAUCUGGGCAAAAAAAAACCCAUUCUGGCUGAAUAACAAUGUUGCCUAGCUUGUGACUGAGGAAAUGUACCCACAAGACAUAUGGAAAACUCUGUUAGCUUCAUGCCAAAAUCAUACUUUUAAUAAAUCAGAAAUCCAAGAAGAUCCACAAGAAAUGUAACCCAUCCAUACAGAAACAUGUUCAGAGAGAAAGAUGACAAGAAGCAAAGUCCAAGAGUAGCACUAAAUAAUUUUCUUAAUUGCAUCAACAAGAAAAGCUCAUAAUCAGCACAACAAGAAAUCCCAGUCUCUUUCUUAAGCGCCAGUGACCAGACAACAAACCAAUACUCUCCAUGUCUGUAAAGCAAGUUCAUUGCAUGGAAUUUAACCUUCUUCAUCAUCCACUAGGGCUAAGAGAGAUUGAAGAAAGCUAAUCAGGUGCUUCAUCAGGUAAUUUUCUGCCAUCACAUCAAUCAACUAAGCAGAAGUGUUAUUUAUAAUUGCAUCUUUUUUCGAGUACAGUCUGUUUGAACUUUAUGUUCCUAUGCAACUUUGAGUUUCAUCUCCUAAAUUUUGGACGCAUCAACAUUUUUCUCAACAGGAGAUGCUCUACGAGAGUUCAAGCUUAUAAUUGCCAAUGUAUGACUUUACAAGCCAAGUAAGCACUACAUCUAUACACAACAUUAUGAACAUAAAACAAGGUCACUGCAACUUUUAGAUGAAUUAUUCCACGUUUCAUGCACUAGAUAAAGUUGUGCUUUUGUUGGUUAGUUGGUCUUGGAAAUAACAUGUAGCUGCCGGUGAACUUUGGGAUUACUUCUGGGAUUGUUGCUUAAAAGGAAUUCAAUGAUUGAUAACCAAAUGCAUAUUUCUUUAAUCAACUUCCUAAGGGGAACGAAUAAAAAAAAUCAUCAAACUUAGGAGGAACUUAUGUGGCACUGUAAAUUAGAAGUAGGGACAUAAAUUUGAGUCAAACAGGACUAAAGCUAUGAGGCACAAAGUUUCAAGAUAGCUAAUGAGUGAGCAGGACUUUCACUGUUCUGUUGAAAGAAGAACUAGCAGCAUGCUGACCACUUUUAUCUUUUCUCCGCUGCAGCUACUAAACAGGACAUCUCAGUUGUGAAGGUACAUUUUGGCAAUUAUAUUUAUUUUGUAAGGCAAAUCCCUCUAUGCAUGGCCAAGAAACAAAAGUGAAAGGUGGUGUCUAUCUUUUGUAGAUCAUAAACUUUUCAAGAAAACAAGGUCCGUGGAUCUCUAACACAAUGGAAAGUCCUGAGUACUGUGAGAUAAACUCAAAUAUGACUCUUGACUACAUAAACCGACUGUUAAUGGAGGAGGGCACUGAUGAGAAGGCCAGCAUAUACCAACAACUUGAUGCACUUCAGGCCAUGGAGAAGCCAUUUUAUGAUAUUAUUGGACAGACAUAUCCAUCUUCACCUAUGGAGACAAUGAUCAGUAGAGAUAACCAAGUAGAUUGUCCUCAAGACAAUUAUAGUAAACAGGCACGCCGUGGUUGUUUUGUCAGUGAUAUUCUAGAGCCACAAGGUGUGCACCUGGUAGCCAAUGAUUGGACUUAUGAAUGUGAUCAUUUUUCUUUGCAAUUUGAGAGAGGUGCUGAAGAAGCAAAUAAGUUAGUUCCCAAUAUUGCAAAAUUGGCUGAUCUGGAUAGUAAUGGCCUUUCUGAUUCCAAUCGAAUGAUAGAGGCAACAAUUGGACAAAAGGGCAAGCAUGGAAGCAAAAUACGGAGUCAUCCUCAUGUGGACUUGGAGUUUUUGGAAGCGAGGAACAGUAAGCAUUUGGCCAUCUCAGCUAGUGAAACAACCCGGGAUGAAAUGUUUGACAGUGUUCUGCUCUGUGAUUGUCGAUUUAAUUGUGAUGCUGCUCAUAUUAGAGAAAUCAAGGCAAAAGAAGCAAACAACAGUUCACAGAAUGUUCGGAGAAAAGGAUAUGGUCAACGGCAAGUGAAAUCACGAGGUAAGAAGAAAGAGGAGGAGGUUGACCUCAGGGCUCAUCUCAUGCAGUGUGCACAAGCAAUAGUAGUAAACAACCUUCCAUUUGCCAGUGAGCUACUGGAGAAGAUAAGGCGUCACGCUUCACCAUAUGGAGAUGGCUCUCAGAGGCUGGCACUUUACUUGGCAAAUGGUCUUGAGGCACGCUUGGCUGGGACAGGGAGCCAAAUGUAUAAAGAACUGAUGGAGAAACAAACAAGGGCCACAGACAUGUUGAAGGCCUACCGCCUUUUCAAUGCAGUGUGUCCUUUCGCUAGGGUAGCAUACUACUUCUCCAACCAAACAAUUGCUGACCUAUCGAACGGACAACCAAAGGUGCAUAUCAUUGAUUUUGGCAUCACACUUGGCUUUCAGUGGCCAUCAUUAAUCCAGCGCUUUGCGAAGCGAGAAGGCGGGCCCCCUAAGCUUCGUAUCACAGGCAUAGAUGUACCUCAGCCAGGUUUUCGCCCCCGUGCAAUAAUUGAGGCGACAGGAAAACGGUUGACUGAGUAUGCAGAAAUGUUCAAUGUACCUUUUGAGUACCAAGAUAUCGCCUCACCAUGGGAAGAUAUCUGCAUCGAGAAUCUCAAUAUUGACAAUGAUGAGGCGCUUAUAGUCAACUGCAUGUUCCGAACACAAUAUCUUGGUGAUGAGACAGAAGACAUAGAUAGCGCAAGGGAUAGGGUACUGCGUACCAUGAAGAGGAUCAACCCAGAGGUUCUCAUUCUUGGCAUUGUAAAUGGGAUGUACAGCUCCCCAUUCUUCCUGACACGAUUCAGAGAGGUUGUGUUCCAUUAUUCUGCGCUGUUUGACAUGCUCGAUGCAACUGCUCCCCAGAGUCAUGAAGAUAGGAUACAGAUAGAAAGGGAUCUGCUUGGGGCAAGUGCACUUAAUGUUGUGGCGUGUGAGGGUGCAGAAAGGAUUGUGAGGCCAGAGACUUACAAACCAUGGCAAGUGAGAUGUCUCAAGGCUGGGUUCAAGCAACUUCCUGUUGAUAAAGCAAUCAUGAAGAGAUCAAUAGAUGAAAAAGACAAGCAUUAUCAUGAAGACUUUGUCAUCGACGAAGAUAGCAGAUGGCUGAUACAAGGAUGGAAGGGGAGGAUAAUGCAUGCAGUGUCCUCAUGGAAACCAAAGGAAUCAUAUACUAAUCAGUAAGAUCCAAAUGAUGAUGUGAUGGCUUUCAGACAAUCUUCAGCAGAACGCUUUAAGUACUGAUCGUUGGCUUCUUGGUAAAACUGUGGCUGAACACUGUCCAAUCCUGAUCCAAAUGAUUUCUAAAAGGGCUUUAAAGCGAAGAACAGUAGCGGAGGGGCUCACAGAUCGUAAAUGGGUGUUAGAUAUAAGGGGAGGCUUGUCUGUACCAAUUUUAGUGGAGUAUCUGCAGCUCUGGAGCUUGGUUGAUGGGGUAGGUCUUCAACCUGACAUCGCAGACCAACAUAUUUGGCGCCUCUCUGCUCAUUGUACUUAUUGUAGCAAAUCGGCAUAUGAUGCAUUUUUUACUGGCUCUAUCUUUUUUGCCCCUUGGCGACGAGUCCGGAAGACCUGGCCCCCCUUAAGAUGCAAAUUCCUUGUAUGGUUGGCAAUCAAAAACAGGGUUUGGACAGCUGAUAGACUGGGAAAAAGUGGCCUGCCCCAUCCAGUUGCUUGCCCUCUGUGUGGUCAGGCCGAGGAGUCCAUCCAGCAUAUUCUUGUCUCCUGCGUGUUUGCUCGACAAAUAUGGACGUCCAUCCUACACAAUUUAGGACUCCUAGCCAUUGUCCCUCAGCCUGGAUGCACACGGUUCUCAAACUGGUGGCGCCAAAGUAUCAAAAGUGUUGGGAAGAGUCUAAGAAAAGGUCUUAACUCCCUGAUCAUUUUGAUUGCUUGGGAGAUUUGGAAGCACCGUAAUGCUUGUGUGUUUGAGGGGGUUGUACCCUGCGCCCAGCAAGUUAGGCGUGCCGUGAUUGAGGAGGGCAAUGCUUGGUGCCUGGCUGUGGCUGGUGCAUCAACUCUGCAAGACCUCCUCCUGCGCCAGCUCCCUAGGGGACCCUAGCAGUUUGGCUGCUGGUUGUCGCUUUGGUCGUGGUGUUGCUCUGUGUGCGUGGCGUGUUGUGUUAAAGUUGAGGGGGUCUUGGCCUAUGGGCCUUUGUAUUAUGGGUUGACAAGUCUUGUCUCUCCUAUGUUUUUUCCUUCUUAAUAUAAUGACACGCAUUGCGUUUGUUAAAAAAAAGUAUCCUCUAGUCUAGAUUAUCAUUUGAACAAAUAAGUGCCACACUAAACAAAGUGUAAACGAGAUUUAGGAAAGAGGUGAUGGAUAAUAUCCAAAGGAACAGACAUAGCAAGUAUGAGCACCCUGGUCUAUUCGUUCAGGUUCUCCCCACCACCUUCCUUAUCUACCCUCUGAUCGAAAUUGGUGUCCCCAUGUGGCUACUCUGGCUAUUGACAAGAUCCAUCGAUGGUUUUUUACUUUUUUUUGGAAAGGAGAUCAAUGGAGGUAUCCAUCUUGUUGCCUGGGAAAAAAGUAUGUAUAAGUCUUCAAUGGGGUCUAUGGAUGUGCUGGUUGUGGCUCCAAAAAAUGCAACCCGGACGACCUUGGGCGGAACUGCAGUUAUCUAUUCAUGCCAACACUUCAGCAUUGUUCGCUUCUCAAUUAUCGUAACACACUGUUUUGAACUGAUUAUUGGCUCCAUGGUCACUCAUAGAGCUAGUGCCUGCCUUUUUUGCUAUGGUUCUGAGGAGGGCACUUGGAUCAGGGAUAUAUAAGGAUGUUUAUCUGUUGAAAUGCUAAUUGAAUACCUACAGUUGUGGGAUGCCUUGGAAGAAAUUGAUAUACAACCAGGUUAACAAGACUGCCCACGUUUGGAAGCACUUGGCUUCUGGAGAGCUCUCCACAAAGUCCACUUAUGAAACUUCAUCGUUCCAGUUGGUUUUGAGCUAUGGAAACAACAGUGGAGAUCAUGGGUUCCUCCAUGAUGCAAUUUUUUCCUACGGCUUGCCAUCCACAAUCGUUGCUAGACCUCAGAUUGGUUAGCACGCCAUGUCUUCCUCACCCAGAUUGUUGUCCAUUAUGUGAUCAAGACAACGAGAUAGCUCAGCACAUCCUUUUCAGAUGCGCUUCCACAAGGGAGUUACACUCACGGCUUCUAUCAGGCACUUGCCUCUGAACUAUCUCAACCACGAUAACAUGGUGUUUGUGGACCAGUGAUAUUGACAAGAAAACUUUUCUAUUCCCUUGUAAUUCUGGGUGCAUGGUGGAUCUGAGUGCCUCCAAAAGUCAAGAUGGUAUUGCAGGAAUUACCGAUGAGGCCAAGCUUUAGUGCCGCUAGGGAGCAAAAUGCCAUAGCUCCUUAUGGCCGGCUUAGUUCCUAGUUGUCCAUACUGUACUGUGUGGCACUUCUGAAGUGGUGUUCUUGCAUGUGUGGAAGGGAGAGGGAUGGAGCGACAACGAGAGAGAGAGAGAGAGAGAGAGAGAGAGAGAGAACAUGUGUGCUGACUUAUCUGUUGAACAUUAUCAAUAACUGAGCAAUCUUAUUUGAUAUGGAAGUUCAUUAGCAUUAUGUACAGAAUCCACUGUCUAUGACAGGAAAUAAAGCCAAAAAAUAGCCAAAGAGAGAGCAAGAGGUAAAAAAGGAUGCUACAUUUCUACAUGGAACAAAGGUAAUGUUUUAGGAACUUAGUAAACAGGAA